UUUUUGUAUCAUGGUUUUUAAAUUCAACCAUUUUUUUUAUCGUAAAAUAAACGAAUUACUGCAAAGAAUACGUUAUAUUUUACAAUUUGAAAAAAUCACUUAUUUAGACAUAAAAUGUAUUUAAAAAAAAGUCAGAAAUGGAAUAUUAAUCGGCCGAGUUAACAGAGGUCCUAAUUGGUGGUGAAUGCUCCAAUGGAGCGUGUAUUUAAUCAGCUGCGAGACUUAGCGCGAAUUCAAAAAAAUAAUUGUCAUUAAUCAAUACGGUAAUAAAUAGAAAUGACAAGGGAAAAAAACGAUCUUUUCUUCAACUUCAGUGUGAUUGUUGAGGGCGUGUGAUUAUUAACAAAUCAAAAACAGACACACGUGUCAACUGACAAGUUUGGAUUCUUGUGAAUCUAGUAAACCCUGCUAGUAAACUUCAGCAUUUAACCUCACUUUUCACAAGAGUUUCUAUGUUUUGAAAUGAAAUUUCGAAGCGAGGAUUUCAUGAUAGAGGAUUUUAUCUAGCGAAAUAAAUAUUAAAUUCCAUAUUCGUGAAUUUUUUCCUUGAAUCGUUUCAAUUUAAAAUAUGUCGUUCAUCAAUUUUGAGAGUUCGAAGGUCAAAGAAGCCGAGAGACAAGCUUUGAGGGAAGCUCGUGAGAAAAUUUUGACAAAUGCUGAGAUCGCUUACAGAAAAAAACAAGCUCAAGUACAGAGAGCAAAGGAACGAGGCGAUGAUCAAUGGAUGUUACCAUCUGUGGAGGCCAAACUUUCUUCCACAGUAUCCUCGAAGCGGAAGAAGAAAAAAGAGAAGAAAAACAAAAAAGCAAAAAAAUCAAAGAAAAAAAAGAAGCAUAAAGAAUCUAGUUCUGAUAGUGCGUCCUCAGGAGACGAAACUGAAGAAUGGGUAGAAAAAGGCACAGAAAUGCCGGGACAUUCAGAAUCAGAAACAUCCAAGUGCAUUGUAUCCGAGAAACCGCUUGAACGAGAUGAGUGGAUGAAUCUCCCAGGUUCUUUUUUGUGCUCGUCGCGUGAUGAGAAACAGAAGAAAAAGGAAGAAGAUAAGAAAGAAACAUGCAUUUUGGACAAACCGGGACAGAGUAGCCGAGAAUUAAAUCCAUACUGGAAAGAUGGAGGAAUGGGGCUCCCAGAAAUGAAAGAUACUCACGAAGCCAAAGUAAUGGAUGCAGCUUGGUUGAAAAAAAGUUUACGGAGGGCACAAGAACAGGCUGAGGAAGAAGGAAAAAGUCUUGAAGAAGUUGCUGCAGCGAGAUGGGGUUCGCUGGAUAAGAUACAUUCGAUGAUCGAGGAAGCCGAGAAAAAUUCACGGAAAAUUUAUGGUAGCGGAAAUGAUUGGAGACGAGACAGUAGAAAAUAUUCGUCUUCUAGUCGGAAAAUUUACGACGACCAUGAGUCCAACGAUCGUCGAGCAGAGAAAGGUCGUGAAAAACGUCGGAAGGAUAGUCGCGAACGAGAUGAACGAUCGAGAAAGCGAUCGAAGUCACCGAGUCUUGAGCGCGAUAGAAAACGAUCUUCAAAUAUUGAUGACGGACAAUUAAAUGCAGAUCGAAAAAAAAUCACUUUUAUGAAGCCCGGCGACGAAGAAUAUUCCUCUGCAUCGAGCUCACGAAAAUCUUCUUCCAGCAUCAAGCGAUGGCAGAAACCGAAUACGAAUAAAUCAUCCGUGGAACAGCAGCGACAUGGUCACACACCGAAAAAUCAUCGUGAACGAUCACCGAAAUCUUCAUCCGAUGAAAGCCAGUCCGAUCAUGAUGAUAGGAAAUCAACGCAAGUUGACGAUAGAAAAUCUGGUGACAACGAAGAAAUUAUAACCGAAGCCGAGAUGAACAAGCUCGGAGCCAAAAUCGUAAAAGCAGAAAUAAUGGGCGACAUGGAAUUAGCGGCUGAACUUAAAGCAAAAUUAGAAUUAGCAAGAACAGCGCGAAAGAACAAGCCUGCAGUAUCCUCUGGCACGAAACCCGCAGAAGAGGAGAAUGUCAUUUUAACGAAAAUCAAUGCUAAGGGUAUGGCGAGACCGUUGGAGCCGAGGAGCCUUUAUGAAGAACCUACAGGGGGUAGACGCAAAGCCAAGAAAGUGGAUACUCAUGAGUCCGGAAAGCGAGUGCGAUACUUUGCUGAUGACGAUAAAUUUACUCUGCAAGAAAUGUUCCAGCGAGAAAAGGGUGAAACUUCAGCCGAGAAUGACGCGACUUUCGUGAAAAUGGCCUCGAAGAGCAUGGAUAUGGACGAGCUUUUUGAACAACGAAUUACGAGGCAAGAUUCAGACGCGAAACAAGACGAAAGGGAUCGUACAAGGGCGAUUAAGGCUCACAAGAAGCUCGAGAAGAGCUUGGACAACUGUCGCUGGUGUUUCGAUUCUAAAAAUAUGUUGAAACAUCUCAUAGUCGCUAUGGGAUCGAAGACGUAUGUCAGUCUACCUUCUCACGUCUCCAUGACCGUUGGACAUUGCAUUUUGGCACCGAUUCAUCACGUCUCCUGUCAAACACAAUUGGACGAAGAUGUUUGGGAAGAACUUCAAAACUUCAAAAAAGCAUUAACGAAAAUGUUUAUGAAGAGAAACGAAUUUCCCGUCUUUUUCGAAAUGUCAGUUGGCCAGCACAGAUUUCCACAUAUGCAAUUAGAAUGUAUCCCGUUGCCGGAUGAAGUCGGAAGCAUGGCCCCAAUAUAUUUCAAGAAAGCUCUGUUAGAAUGUGAGACAGAGUGGUCGACCAAUAAGAAAGUCAUUGACCUGAGCAAUAAAGACGUGCGCCAGGCGAUACCAAAAGGCCUUCCAUAUUUCUCUGUUAAUUUUGGCAACCACGGAGGAUUCGCUCACGUCAUAGAGGACGAGAAAUUGUUCCCGAAAAACUUUGCUCAAGAAAUUAUCGGUGGAAUAUUGGAUCUUGAUCACAGCCUUUGGCGAAAACCAAGACGCGAGAAUUUCGAUCAACAGCGGAAGAAAGUUCUGGAGUUUGCAACCUCCUGGAAACCAUACGAUUUCACUACGAAUGACGAUUCGUAGGCCAACAUUAGGUUAUUAUAAUUGUACAUAAUCGACAUUAAUAAAACUAACAAUUGGUGUGAAUAA